AUGGGGGAGAUCAAGAGGGAGCGGGACGGUGAUCGGGUGUGGGUGGUUGCGCGCGGGGAUGGCUCACCCACCGCGCAUCACUCUGUACCACCGUCCCAAGCAUCCCCGUCCCUACUAUCCCCGUUUCUUUCGGUCCUUACUCUCCCCGUCCCUAUUCUCUUCUCCCCGUCCCUACUCUCUCGGUCCCUACUCUCCCAUCCCCUAUUCUUUUCUCACCGUCCCUACUCUAUCCGUCCUACUCUCCCCAGCCCAAUUCUCCCCGUCCCUACUCUCCCCGUCCCUACUCUCCCCGUCCCUACUCUCCCCGUCCAUACUCUCCCCGUCCCUACUCCCCCCGUCCCUACUCUCCCCGUCCCUACCCUUCCCGUCCCCAUUCUCCCCGUUCCUCCUCUUCCCGUCCCCAUUCUCCCCGUCCCUACUCUCCCCGUCCCUACUCUCCCCGUCCCUACUCUCCCCGCCCCAACUCUCCCCGUCCCUAUCCUCCCCGUCCCUAUUCUCUUCUCCCCGUUCCAACUCUCCCCGUUCCUUGUCUCCCCGUCCCUAAUAUCCCCAUCCCUACUCUUUCCGUCCCUACUCUCCCCGUCCCAACUCUUCCCAUCCCUACUAACCCCGUCCCUAUUCUCUUCUCCCCGUCCCUACUCUCCCAGUCCCUAUUCUCCCCGUCCCUACGCUCUCUGUCCCAACUUUCUCUGUCCCUACUCUCUUCGGCCCAAUUCUCCCCGUGCCUACUCUCCUGGGCCCCUACUCUUCCCGCCCCUGUUCUCCCCGUCCCUACGCUCUCUGUCCCUACUCUCCCCGUCCCUACUAUCCCCGUCCUUCCUCUCCCCGUCCCUAUUCUCUUCUCCCCGUCCCUAUUCUCUUCUCCCCGUCCCUACUCUUUCCGUCCCUACUCUCCCCGUCCCCUACUCUCGUCGUGCAUACUUCCAUCGUCCCUAUUUCCGCCUGCCUAUUCCCGUGCCACUCGCAUCACGCCGUGCCACCGUCCCGCGCAUCCCUCCAAUAGUAGUGGCGACCGCCAACGGCGGUGAAUGCGCGCAUCUCGCCCACCUCGUCCAACGUCGCCAAUGGCGCAACAGCGCGCGCAUCUCGCCCGUCUCGUCACACGCGCACCUGCCGCUUCAAUGCCGCCCAGGCGGCUGCAGGCGAGCAGCACCAACGUGCACCGCGCGACGCUGCUGCCACCGUGACUGCGCCAGCAUGCACCAACUAUACUUUCUAACAAAACGGAACUGGCCCUAG